AUGUUAUGUUCUCCAAACUCCAAACAUGUUUGCAGAUGCAUCUAUAUCCAAUUCGAUGGAACUAUUACCAGGGAUAAAUUUGAUCAGUUGAACUGGGAUUUAUAUGACCAGUGUGUCAAGCUAGUUGACAAGUGUUUAGAUGAUGCUGCAAUGGACGCAACUAGUGUCUCGGAUGUGUUGCUGCUUGGCUGUUCCCCAAAGGUCCCCAUGCUGCAGGAACUUGUGCGAGUGUACUUCAGAGUUAGAGGGAUUCAAGUGAGUAUCAACAGAGAAGAAAAAGAGCCGGUGGUUGCUUAUGGUGCAUCUCUUGUAGGUGCAAUGUUGUGCACAGCUAGUAUAAAAGAGGUGCAGUACGUCUCUAUCGAUUUGUGA